AUGUCUGAAAUCCAGAGCUGGACGGUUAGGGAGCCCUACAUCGACAUUGCCGGAACCCUGCUCGAGGGCCCCUAUCACGAUGUGGCCAACGGCGAGUUUCGCUUCGUCGACAUCUGGGAUCAGAAGCUCUAUCGGCUCAAUCUGGCCAAGGGGCCAUCGUCGUUGAAAGCUAUUGACACGACUACAUCUGUUGGCGUGACCGCCAACGCGAGCGGGUCGUACGAUCAGCUGAUCGCAGGGGCCAAGUAUGGAUUCGCUCGGCUGAACCGAUCCACCGGGACGCUCAGCUAUAUCCACGAGGUUUGGGGCGAAGAGGGACCGGGGAAAGCGGAGAGAAUGCGUUUCAACGACGGGGCCGUCGAUAGCCACGGCCGCUUUUGGGCCGGCGCCAUGAACGACCCCAAGAUCCAAGCCCCGCAGCCCGACGGAGUGCUGUUCAGACUGGACCCGGAUCUGAGCGUGCACCGCAUGCUGGCACCACUGACGAUCCCCAACGGGAUCGGCUGGAACCUCGCCGACGACACCAUGUACCUGACCGACUCGCCAACGGGCAAGAUCUUCGCCUUUGAUUUCGACGCCGCCACCGGCGCUAUUGCCAACCGCCGCGUGCACUUUGACCUGGGCGAGCCCCUCGAGCCGGAUGGUUUUGCCAUCGAUGUCGAAGGCUGCAUCUGGAGCGCCAUCUAUGGUGGCGGGAGAGUCGUGCGUAUCUCGCCCGCCGGCCGGGUUAUCGGCCAGGUGAACUUGCCCACGCGCAACGUCACCUGUCCUACGUUUGUGGGUACCGAGCUCUUCAUCACCACGGCCAAGGACGAUCGGAAUGAUGAGAGCUUUCCGCAAUCGGUGCGCUAUGGGGGCCGGGUGUACAGGAUCGACGUUGGGGUCCGGGGGCAGCCCAAGAACGAGUUUCGCCUCCCAGAGUAA